AUGGCUGCAGAUAGCCGACUCUCCCUGAAAGAUUUCGACUGUGCGAAACAUGUUGCUUACUUCAAGCAGCACGCGAAGAAGCUGCCAGAACCGUACAAGAGCAUGGACACCAACCGACUGACGCUGCUUUAUUUCAGCGUUUCUGGGCUGGACUUACUGGGAAAACUGGACGAGCUGGAUCGGGAGCAGACCAUCGAGUAUAUCUAUUCCUACCAGUCGCCGCUGCCGGACCAUGGCGGCUUCUAUGGUUGCCCCCGUGUGGAUUUCCAAAGUGCAGAGACGGACAAGUGUAACAACCAGCCACACAUCGCCAACACCUACGUCGCACUUGUGAUGCUGAUCAUUCUUGGCGAUGAUCUCCGCCGUGUCAAGCGAAGUUCGAUUGGCCAUUCACUGCGGAAGUGGCAGCUGGAUGACGGAAGUUUCUGCUGCGUACACUGCAUUUCAAGCCUGGACAGCGAGAGUGACAUCCGCUUCGUCUACUGCGCGGCCACGAUUUGCUACAUCUUAGACCUCUGGCAUGCCAUUGACGUCGAGGCGAUGGCCCGGUUUAUCUAUGCUUCCCAGUCCUAUGACGGUGCUUUUGGCAUGGGCCCGGGUGCCGAAUCGCAUGGAGGCUGCACCUACUGUGCGGUGGCAGCCCUGCGGAUGCUUGGGCGCCUUGCGGACCUUCCCAGCAAGGACCUGCUUUUGCUGGUGUGUGUGCGAAGGCAGAUCUCUGGAUUCCAAGGGCGCAUUGAAAAAGAUCCUGACAGUUGCUACUCCUUCUGGGUGGGCGGCUCCAUGCAACUCUUGGGCGCCAGCUUCCUCCAGCAAGACGACUGCCUGCAGUUUCUGAAACGAUGCGAGUCGCAACGCUUAGGUGGCUUUCAGAAGUUUCCGGAUGCGCCCUUCCCGGAUCUCCUUCACUCGUACUUCUCGGUCUGCGGCCUCUCGCUGUGUGGCUUGCUGCCCCCUUUGCAUGCGCUGCUUGGGGUGUCCCAGCGUGCUGCAGACACGGUGAACUGCACUAUGGCACCCGGCGGCACGCCAUGGUUGCUGCCAUUUGCUGAAGGCGCUGCGACACCUGCUGCGCCAGUCGCCGAACCGAACCACAAGAGUUCGCGAAGAUGGCUGCGGCAAGCUGUACUGGGCGCGUCAGUGCUCUGCUUGUCUAUCCUUGUUGCAUAUGUGCGCUCUCACCUGCAAAGUAAGAAUCCCGGGUGA